ACGUAGCUUUGAACGCGCUCUCCGGCCUCAGAGCUUUCAUCGCGAGAACUCACAGGAUUAGACGCGAAAGAAGUCGAAUUGCGCUUCCUGACAAAUGACAGCCCACCAGUAGUCACGGGCUUUAAAUCUCGGUUUUAACGGGCAUCUCGGACCCCAGUGCGCCUGCGCGCACGUGGCCCCGCCCCCUCACCCGGGGUCGCGUUCCCCAUGCUGCUUACACGCUUCACACGCCAGCUGCUGUGGCCCUUCCUACGGGGAUCACCUCCCACCGUAGCGUGCCAUGUACCUAAGGAGCUGCUUCUCGAGAGAUAUGCGGCCGCCUCCUCCUUCCAGCACCCAUCGAGCCUGGGACAUAGGCUUUCCCGUGGCUCAACAGCGACUGGGGGUUACGAAGGGAGUACUGACAUGGAGGAGCAUUUUCUGUUCCCCGAGUACGUCUCGGAGCCCGAGCCUGCACCGAUCCUCGAAGAGCAGCUGCGAGAGCUGCAGCAGCGGCAGGAGGAGGAGGAGCGACAAAAGCAGCAGCAGCGGGAAGAACGGCAGCAGCAGAAGGUACGGGCCAGGAGUCGGGUACACCCGCUCGUGGGACACCCGGACCCGAUGGUGCCGCCCAGCGGCCUGAACUGCUCGGGCUGUGGAGCGGAGCUGCACUGCCAGGACCCCUGCGUGCCCGGCUACCUGCCCAGCGAGAAGUUCCGCAGGGCAGCGGCGCAGACCGACGGCGGGCUGGCGCGAACUGUGUGCCAGCGCUGCUGGCUGCUGGUGCACUACCGGCGCGCCCUAAGCAUGCAGAUGAGCCGCGAGCAGUAUCUGGAGCUGGUGAGCGCCGCGCUGCGACGACCGGGGCCCGCCCUGGUGCUCUUCAUGGUGGACCUGCUCGAUCUACCCGACGCCCUGCUGCCUGACUUGCCCGCGCUGGUGGGCCCCAGGCAGCUGAUCGUGCUGGGGAACAAGGUGGACCUGCUGCCCCAGGACGCGCCCGGCUACCUGCAGCGGCUCCGGGAGCGACUGAGGGACGACUGUGCCCGCGUAGGGCUCCUGGGACCCUGUGGCCACCAAGGACCACAGCAAGACGGAAGGGAGAAUUCGAAUCCUCCCGCCAGGGCCCGCACGGUGCUCAGGGAUGUGCGUCUCAUAAGCGCCAAGACUGGCUAUGGCGUGGAAGAAUUGAUCACAGCGCUUCAGCGCUCUUGGCGUUACCGCGGCGAUGUGUACCUGGUUGGCGCCACCAACGCUGGCAAGUCCACUCUCUUCAACACGCUCCUAGAAUCCGAUUACUGCAUCGCCAAGGGCGCUGAGGCUAUCGACAGAGCUACCAUCUCCCCUUGGCCUGGUACUACAUUAAACCUUCUGAAGUUUCCUAUUUGCAACCCAACACCUUACAGGAUGUUUGCAAGACAAAAAAGGCUUAAAAAAACUGCAGCUGAAGCUGAAGAAGAUCUUAGUCAGCAAGAACAAAAUCAACUUAAUCUCUUGAAAAAGCACGGUUAUGUAGUAGGAAGAGUUAAAAGAACAUUCUUGUAUUCAGAAGAACGGAAAGAUGAAGCUGCCUUUGAGUUUGAUGCUGAUUCACUUGCCUUUGACAUGGAAAAUGAACCUGUUAUGGUUGCAGAUAAAUCCUCCAAACGAGUAGAACUGACCCCGCAAGAUGUGAAAGAUGCCCACUGGUUUCAUGACACCCCUGGAAUUACAAAAGAAAAUUGUAUUUUAAACCUUCUAACAGAAAAAGAAGUAAAUAUUGUUUUGCCAACACAUUCCAUUGUUCCAAGAACUUUUGUGCUUAAACCAGGAAUGGUUCUGUUUUUGGGAGCCAUAGGCCGCAUAGAUUUUCUGCAGGGAAAUCAGUCGGCUUGGUUUACAGUUGUGGCUUCCAACCUCCUCCCCGUGCAUAUUACUUCCUUGGACAGGGCAGAUACUGUGUAUCAGAAGCAUGCAGGUCGUACAUUACUCAAGGUUCCAAUGGGUGGAGAAGAACGAAUGGCAGGAUUUCCUCCUCUUGUUGGUGAAGACAUUACAUUAAGAGAAGGACUUGGGGAAUCUGAAGCAGUGGCUGACAUCAAGUUUUCCUCUGCAGGUUGGGUUGCAGUAACACCUCAGUUUAAGGACAGACUGCAUCUCCGAGGCUAUACACCUCAAGGAACAGUUCUGACAGUCCGGCCCCCUCUCCUGCCACAUAUCGUUAACAUCAAAGGAGAGCGCCUCAAGAGAAGUGUGGCCUAUAAAACCAAGAAGCCUCCUUCCCUUGUGUACAAUCUGCAGAAGAAGAAAAAAUAGAUAAAUAGGCAAAGUUGAUCUUGCUCACACUGAAUAUUAACUAUACUAGACAUAACUACAUACAUUGAAUUGUAUUAAAUACAUCUAUAAUAAAGUUCUCUUUGCUUCCACCCUUUUUAAACCACCCAGGACCGUGCCAGUUUGUAAUGUAUUGAAUUUGUAAAUACAAGUUAGUUUUUUGUUAAGGUGUGUAUAUGUAGGUAUUUGCGACCCAAAUAUAACUAAAAAGGAGUUCAGCUACAUUGAA